AUGGCUGCUCGCGUUCACAACCACGGGUCCAACAGAGCCAAACCACGCGAGACGAUCGAAAAGAAAGAGGUGUUCAAGGGCGUGUUGGAUAGCCCAUAUCGCGUUGCUUGGCCUCUGAUCUCCACGACCACCCAGAUUAAAACCAAAGAUAUCGCUCUGGAAUUCUUUAAGAACUUUUCAUCUGGUCGUCGGGGGAAAAGACCUAUGCAGGAUGUCAAUGAUAGUCUCGAGCCGAACAAGAGAAGAAAGACUGGCGAGGAAGAUUCAGCAACAGUCUCUCAUGAAAUGCCCCCUGAAGUUGUCGAGUCUGAGCCCGCGCCUGUUGACUCCAAUCUCCGCAAACAUGUGUACAUCGGUAUAAACCAAGUAACUCGACGCCUUGAAGCCCAGCUCCGUUCAUCACGCAAAGUCACUGUCAUUCCUACGACUGAGCCCCAGCAAUCUGCAGUGGUGCCGCUCAAGUUGAUUCUAGUUUGCCGGGCGGAUGUCGACCCCCACAUCCUCAUCGAACAUCUGCCUCAGGAAAUUGCCGCGUUCAACUCCACCAAGCCCAAAGAACUAGUCAAGAUGCUUUAUCUUCCAGCUGGUGCAGAAGCCAUGCUAGCAGAGGUUAUAGGAAUCAGACGCCUGGCGGUCAUUGGUUUGGAUGUUGACACUCCCGGACUCGAUAAGUUCGACAGCGUCAUGCAAGAAGUCGAUGUUGUAACCGCACCUUGGCUUACGUCCAGUGUUCUGCCAGAUUCCGCCCCAAUUCAAGAAAAACUCCUCCCCACACACGUGAAACAAAUGCGCACCACCGCCCCAAAGGACAUGAAACUGGCUAAGCUAUUGAGAGCAGAAGGAAAGAAUGCAGCGAAGAAGAUCCGAAAAGCAAAAGAUGCAGCUAGAAAGGCGAAGGCAGAGGAAGAGAAAAACAAAAAGAAGGAAACGGAGAAAGCCUCGUAG